AUGAAUAAAUUUGUGGUUGUAAUUUUGGCUUGCGUAUUGCUAAGCUCAGCCAAUGCACGUCCAGAUCUCAGUCAUGGCUAUCGUUACAAUGCAGGCCACAGCAGUGGUGGUGGAGGUUUUCUGCAAGCCCCAACUUCAAUCAGCUCAAGCUCCUCCUACUCACCCGUAGCUUCUGGAACAUCAUACUUCAAUGCCGCUCCCGCUAUUGGACAAAGCGGUUUUGGCGGUAGCUCUUCUGGUGGUUCUUCUGGCCUCUCCUUAGGUGGUUUUGGCGGCAGUUCAUCUGGUGGAUCAUCUGGUGGUUCAUUUGGUGGUUAUAAUGGUGGUUCAUCUGGCGGCCAAGAAGCUUUCCUUGGUCAUAUACAAAACAACCAGCCACCAAUUGUAACAAAGCAUUUCUAUGUACACUCAGCACCAGAAGAUCAUGAUGAACAACAAAUUGUACGCUAUGUCAAUGUUGGCCGUCCUCAACAAAACUAUCGCGUUGUCUUCAUUAAUGCACCAUCCUCAUCUGCAGCGAAAGCCAAGAUUAUUGCUAACGUUGCACCAGUUGAAGAUAAGACUGCCAUUUAUGUACUUUCUAAGAAAUCCAAUGAAUUGGAUGUUAGCGCUGAAGUUGUUACACCAGCACCAGUUAACAAUAAACCAGAUGUAUUCUUCAUUAAAUACAAGACCCCACAAGAAGCUGUACAUGCACAACACACCAUUCAAGCUCAAUAUGAUGCUCUUGGUGGAAGCAGUGACCUUGUUGAUGCUGGCACAGUACCUGUCUCCUCAGUCAUUGGCAGCUUAGGUGAUUCAGGAAAUGGCGGAUCUGCUGGUGGUAAUGGAGGAGGAUCACUUGGAGGUGGAUCUUUCGGUGGUAAUGGUGGCGGUUCAACCAUAUCAAUUGGUUCUCUUGGCGGUACCGGUGGUUCACUCGGUGGCUCAUUUGGCGGUUCAACUGAUUUCGAUACUCAACCAUCACAAAAUUUCGGUGCUAUAAAUAUUCCUCAUACUGGUGAUAAUACUCAACAAACUUACUUGCCUGCUCAACAUAAAUAA